CACUCCAAAAAACUACCAGAUUUCAAGUGGACUUACCUCCAGUCCGUAAUAUUCGCUUUCCAGGAUCUUUGUGUACUGAGGCAGACCAAUCUGCCGCAGCCACCAGGCAAUGGACCGAUUAUUCAUGUCUAACUCACACACAAAGACGAUUAAUAGCAGAAAAUAUUAUCCAACAUGACCACUUUCAGUGAGCGUCAAGUCAAGUGUGGUUUGCUCAACUGUAGAAUGUCGCGCCUACCCGUCGGUGGGACGCACCAAGGAAUGCUGGGAACGCGUCUGUGCAAUGUUUCACUUUCUCCCGCUUUUCCCUUGUAGAACUUGUUACGUCGACCCAUUAACCGUCCGUCUAUAAACUUCUUUCCUUGCAAAAAGCCAAUGGCACAACACAGUAGCGACCCAGCGAGCCAAUUGGAGCGUUGGGAUGGGUUGCAGGUCCAGGCAAAUCCUGGCAUGUCAAGUGGAGAGAAGGGUGUGUGUGUGAAAAUGUAGCUGUCAACGUGUCACAGGUCAGAUGAAUGAGUGCAGAAGUCCUAUAGUUUUUACAGAAAUAUUAUUUAAAAUUAACCAAAAAGUAAAUAAAUGGACACGUUAAAAGAUAUAUUGUUGACAUUUUCUAUAGCCAAAGAAGAAGCCACAACAUUUUGGUUAGACACAAGCGCCCCCGACCCCACCUACACCAAUAAUCAUCAUGGUGCCAUCCGCUUCUCAUCAUCCUCAAUGACACAGGAAGACCAAUAGUCAACCAACAAACAGCAACACCCGGGCUUCAAGUGAACCUAACUGAGUGUCAGGAAAAAGGAAGUACAGGGACGGAAGGACAGAGGCGGAACAAAAGAGUGUGACAAUGAAGUCAUAGACGAAAGACGACCGUCCGCGCCGAGGAAGCGACUGAAGAAAACAAGAUGGAGUUGUGGCGGCAGUGUGCAAAAUGGCUGAUCGAAUGUAGGGUCUUGCCCGAAACACACCGGGUCACAUGGGAGACCGCCCAGGUGUGCGACCUGGCGCAGGCUCUGAGAGAUGGCGUGCUGCUGUGCCAGCUGCUUAACAACCUGCUGCCUCUGGCCGUCAACCUGAGAGAGAUCAACUUGCGCCCGCAGAUGUCCCAGUUCUUGUGUCUUAAGAACAUCCGGACCUUCCUGGGCGUGUGUCAGGACAAGUUCCAGCUGAAGAAGAGCGAACUGUUUGAGGCCUUCGAUCUUUUUGAUGUGCGCGACUUCGCCAAGGUACUCUACACUUUGUCCAUUCUUUCUUACUCAUCCAUUGCCACACAGAAAGGACUCCAGCCUUUCCCUUUGGGAGAAGACAUAUCCGAUGAAGAUAUCUACAACGGUCUUUCUGACCAGAUAGAUGAUACGGUAGAUGAAGCUGACGAUUUGUACGACUGCGUGGACGACGUGGAGGCCGAAGGGGAUGAAAUCUAUGAGGAUUUGAUGAGGACAGUCGAACAACCCGAAAAUCAUAAGUCCGGUGUAGACAAGCGAGAAUGCUGUCUCCAGGAAUUGAAACAGACAGAAGGAAAGUACUCAGAUACGUUGGAAUCAAUUUUACAGCACUUCAAAAAACCUCUGGAAAAAUUCCUCCAUGCUCCGGACAUCGAAAUCAUCUUUAUUAACAUACAGGAUUUGGCAGUCAUACAUCAAGAACUUUUAGAUGAGAUCCAGAGUUCUGUCAGGAACGGUGCCAAGAACCUGCACCAGGUGUUUGUCAACUACAAGGAGAGGCUACUGGUCUACGGCCGCUACUGCAGUCAAGUAGAAACAGCGACUAAGCAUCUGGACAAGCUGUCGAGUACGAUGGAGGAUAUAAGAAUGAAGCUAGAGGAGUGUUCCAAGAGAGCAAACAGUGGGAGAUUUUCUCUCAGGGAUCUGCUUAUGGUACCCAUGCAGAGGGUCCUCAAAUAUCCCCUGCUCUUACAGGAGCUGGUGAAAUACACACGUGAUCCAACUGAAAAGGAGAACCUGCGCACCGCUCUCGACGCCAUGCGAGACCUGGCGCAAUGUGUCAAUGAGGUAAAGCGGGACAACGAGAUCCUCAGGCAAAUCACCACCUUUCAGUUGUCCAUCGAGAACAUGUCACAGUCCUUGGCCCUGUUUGGCCGCCCCAAAAUGGAUGGAGAGCUUAAGAUUUGCAGCACAGAAAAGAAGUCUAAGCAGGAAAGAUACGCCUUCCUCUUCGACAAGGCUGUGUUUGUGUGCAAAAAGAAGAGCGGUGAGACCUUUGAGCUCAAAGAGAUCAUCCAGCUCCAGCACUACCAAGUGCGAGAUGAGACGGCCGGGGACAAGGACAAAAAGAAGUGGUCCUACCUGUUUCUACUGUUGGACUCUUACGGGAAGUGCGGCUAUGACUUGUACUUCAAAACGCGGGAACUGAAGAAGAAAUGGCUGGAGCAGUUUGAAAUGGCUCAGUCCAACAUGUGUCCCGAGAAUGCAGCAGCGAACAACCACGAUUUCCAGAUGCACAACUUUGAGGAGACAGCGUGUUGCAAGGCAUGCUCCAUGAUGCUGAGAGGGAUUUUUUUCCAGGGCUACCGCUGCACACGCUGCAAAACAGCCGCCCACAAAGAGUGCUUGGGCAGACUGCCAGCUUGCGGGCGCAGCUCAGACCAUGCAAGUGCUGCCAGGAAGAAUAGGACACAUGGGUCCUCAGGGAAUGCCAGCCUUGGAUUUCCCAAGAUGGAGGCAUGUCAGGAAUACUUUGGCCUGCCACCACCGCCCACCAGCUUCGGUCGGCCGCUGCAGCUGUCUAAGGGUGAUGUGGUGGAACUGACACGGGCCGAGGUGGAGCUGUCAUGGUGGGAGGGCAAAAACUUGACUAGGGGUCAGACGGGCUGGUUUCCCUGCAGCAGAGUUAUUCCUUUCUCGUGUAGGCCUACUCCAGACCUGUCUGCUUACAGCUGGUUUGCGGGUAAUAUGGAUCGACCCGCCGCCAAAGACCUGCUCAUGUCCCGCUCCGACGGAACCUACCUGGUCCGACAAAAAGAUGGUGGAGAGUUCGCCAUCAGCAUCAUGUUCAACAUGGACAUCAAACAUAUUAAAAUCACAUCCUGUGAUGGCCUGUUCCGCAUGAAUGAGAAGAAGGCCUUCAAGGCUUUAGUGGAGAUGAUUGAAUACUACCAGCAGAACUCCCUAAAGGAGUGCAUCAAGGAUGUGGACACAAUGCUUCGUACGCCGUACAAGCAAGCCGAGCAGAGUGAGGAACAAAAUAUGCAUCACGCGGCCAAAGGAGGCAGCGCACGGUUCUUUGGCAUGGCGAAGGCUAGGUACGACUUCUCGGCACGCGAUCGCUCUGAGCUGUCGCUGCGCGAAGGAGACACCAUUAGGAUCCUUUCCAGGAAAGGCCACAGUGGCUGGUGGAAAGGAGAAGUGUAUGGCAAGGUGGGAUUCUUCCCAGCCAACUACGUGGAUGAGGACUACUCAGACUAUAGCUGACCUGUAGGCUCGGACUUCACAUAAACGGAUACUUCUCAUGUGAAUAAAACUUUUUUAUGACCAUGAACAUUUCGUGCAGUUUGUUAUUAUUAUUGGUCAUCGCAUUUUUGCUAAAUGCCAAAAAUGAUGAAACAUUAUUUCCGUAAUGUACUCAUCUAAAACUUCAAUUUGAGGUGUAAUUAAGUAAAAUUUCACAAAUUGUACCCAAAUAGAUGUGGGGUCGCAUUCCAGUGUGGUGUUGGUUCAUUUAUAAUCUGGUAGGGAUUCACCAUUCUUGAUCAUAAUUCUGUUUUAUUGAUAAAAUGCACAGACAACUUCUUUAAGCAUGAUUCCAUUAGACUUAGACAUGUGGUAACACCAUGUUUGUGUGUAAAAAUGCUUUUGGAAGUAAACCAGUGUCACAUUGCAUGAUGGUUCGUAAAAGUCCACUUUAUUUUGAAAAUAUCAAAACAAACCAAAGGGGAAACAUAUAACAUGUAACUCUAAAUUAUUAGCACUUUGGCCUAAAAAAUGUUUGAUGUCUCUUUUGACUGCUAUUUUGCCAUUUUCUGACUGAUUGAAUCUUGCUUUCACUGGUAGUACAACUCCAAGUUCAUUCCGUCAUGGAUCUCAUCUGUAGACCUCACAGUUAAGUCAAACGCAGGAAAAUACUCAUUUGCGUUACAUCAACUAAGGAUAAACCAAUGCCACAUCACCAGCUCGACAUACCUUGUAAAAAAGAAUGUGCUCACUUGUUAUAUUUGAAGACAAUGUAUUUCCGUAAAGUUAGUAAUGACAAUAUUUUACUCAGAAAACUAAUGUUUCAAUAAAACAGGCCGUCAAUUGCAAGAUGUGAUAGC